AUGGUUGACGUUUUCAACGUACAGAUAUUCUUCGUUGUGUUCAGAGAGACCUUGGAGGCCGUGGUCAUUGUCUCCGUGCUUUUGGCCUUUUUGAAACAAGGUCUUGGUGGCUCCACCGAUGAUCCAGUCGUUUACAAGAGAUUAAAGCGACAAGUGUGGGUAGGGGCCAUUCUAGGUGUCUUGAUCUGUUUGAUCCUUGGUUGUGCUUUCAUUGGUGCUUUCUACUCCUUAGGCAAGGAUAUCUGGGCCUCAUCUGAAGACUUGUGGGAAGGCAUUUUCUGUAUCAUUGCUACCGUGUUGAUCUCAAUGAUGGGUAUCGCCAUGUUGCGUAUCAACAAAAUGAAGGAGAAGUGGAGAGUCAAGUUGGCUCAGGCACUCGUCAAGGAUAAGACUAAGUCUCGUUUCAGCUUAGGCCAAUGGGCUAAGAAGUAUGCCUUGUUCAUCUUGCCUUUCAUCACCUGUUUGAGAGAAGGCUUGGAGGCCAUCGUCUUCGUCGGUGGUGUUGGUUUGAAUUCUCCUGCGAGUUCCUUUCCUAUCCCUGUCAUUUGUGGCUUGAUCGCUGGUAUCCUUGUCGGUGUGCUCUUGUACUACUCCGGUUCCACCAUGUCUAUGCAGAUUUUCUUGAUUAUCUCCACUUGUAUCUUGUACCUCAUUUCUGCUGGUCUUUUCUCGAGAGGUGUCUGGUUCUUUGAGACCUACGUCUAUAAUCAAAAGACUGGUGGUGAUGCUUCUGAAAACGGCAGUGGUCCAGGUACUUACGAUAUCAGCAAGUCUGUAUGGCACGUCAACUGCUGCAAUCCUGAAACCGACAACGGUUGGGACGUUUUCAAUUCCCUUUUGGGAUGGCAAAACUCCGCUACAUACGGUUCUGUCCUUUCCUACAACAUCUACUGGCUUGCUGUCAUCGUGGUUCUCUUCUUGAUGAUGUACGAGGAAAAGAAGGGUCACUUGCCAUUCUGCAAGAACUUGACAUUGAGAUCCUUAAACCCUAUGUACCAUAUCAAGGGCAAGAAGAAGAAUGAGUUGUCGAAGGCAGAACAGGAAGAAUUGUUCAACCGUGUUAAGAAUCAGAACAUGAGAGGUGAGGAUGAGGACUCGUCGGAGUCGAUCGCCAACAAAGCUGUCGAAGCCGAGGAGAAGACUACUACUACCAACGAGAAGACUCAGGCUAUUUAG